AAGGAGGAAAGUUGUACCUGGUGGCAGAGGUGGACAAGUGGGACAUUGGGUUGGUGAAUGUGAUGAGACACUCCAUGAGCUCCCCGGCCAGAAACACAGGACCUCGGGCCACGGAGGCCAACACUUCAAUCAUCUGUAACAUUAGACAACAAGGUGUACCAGCUUACUGACUGAGAUCCUCAGGGCUUCCUGACUGUUUUGAGCUGUCAUCCAUUCAGACAGCACAGUGGCAUCUGAGCUUCAUACAAAGUGGUCUGUCAUCUCUAAAAAUACUGGAGAUCUGGGGGUUGUGGUAAAGAAAACGAAGAUAUAAUUUGCCCCUGCCGAUUUGCCCCCUCAACUUGGAGAUCUAGAGACCUGAUUGAUCAUGUGGACACUGAUUACUUAAUGGUAGGAUUGGGACAUCAUCUGUGAAGGAAUUCCUGGGUAAAACCAGAAAACCUGUUCUGCAAGUAUUAAAAGCUUGUCAGUUUGUUUUCAGUCUGAAAUAACUCUUCAUCUUGAAGACCAGAAACUGUUCACAACAACUACUUCAGACGGGCACAUUUGGCUCUCUUGAAAUCAGGUGGUGACAGGUCUGUGCUUGUAUCCACAAGACCUGUCCACACCCAUUCUCUAUUUGAAGCUCUGUGCUGCUGGAAAUUCGUCCAAAAUGACUGCAGAGUGGGGUGAGAAAUCCACAGCAGACCUCAUGAGUAGGUAUGUCUCUAAGGAGAUGGGAUAUGGUGUACCCGAGGAGGGCUGGCGCAUCUGUCUGGCGCACGAGUUCAAGGAGAAGAGACAACCCUAUCAAGCAGGUGAUGUCUCGCUGUCCUACAUUUGGGAACACAUUGGCCUUGGUCUAAGGUAUAUAAAAUGGUGGUACAAGAAGACCCGUGUUGAAAAGAAGGCUCCGUUCAUUGAUAUGUUUCGUCCCCUACCCUUGCAACAAAUAUAUGGUGUUCCACUUGGCGGUAUUGGAGGAGGUACCAUCACAAGAGGCUGGAGGGGAGAUUUCUGUAGAUGGCAACUCAACCCAGGAAUGUAUCACUACACAACUGUCACAGCCAACCAGUUCACAGUUUGUUUGCGUCGCGGAGGACAAACAGUUUACCAGCAGGUGCUCUCUGUCGAGCGACCGUCCACAUUACAAGGCUGGAACUGGGGCUUCUGUGGGGAAUAUGCCUUCUAUCACGCCUUGUACCCCCGCGCCUGGACUGUCUACCACCUGCCAGGACAGAAUGUCACCUUAACGUGCAGACAGAUCUCUCCCGUUAUUCCCCAUGACUACCAGGACUCAAGUCUCCCGGUGGCUGUUUUUGUGUGGGACGUAGAGAACAAGAACGACUACGAUCUAGAGGUCUCCAUCAUGUUUACUGUGGUUAACGGCUCGGGAGACAAGAGCGACAAGAGCGGGGGACACUGGAAUGAACCAUUCCAUCUGGAGAAGGAGGGGGAGGCGGUGUCUGGAGUCUUGUUGCAUCACUGCACUACAGUGAACCCUUACACGCUGUGCAUUGCAGCCAGAGAGCAGCCGGACAGAGAGGCCAGUCACCAGACAGCGUUCAGCCCAAAGGGAACCUGCAGUGAUCUGUGGAGUGACCUCAUCACUGAUGGACGACUGGACUCUCCUGCAGGUUCCAGCCCACCGACGUCUAAGGGGGAGACGGUGGCAGCGGCGUUGGCUGAGGGCUGCUCGGUGGCGGCUCAGGGCCGCAACACGCUGGAGUUCUGUUUGGCUUGGGACAUGCCCAAAAUCACCUUUGGUUCUGGAGAGAGGGAACACAUAAGGAGGUACACUCGUUACUUUGGGACCAACAGCGACGCGUCUCCGUCUCUCAGUCACUAUGCUCUUACACAUUACAAACAGUGGGAACAAAGCAUUGAGGAGUGGCAGAGACCAAUUCUGCAGAACAGUGCUCUCCCCUCCUGGUAUAAAUCGGCCUUGUUUAAUGAGUUGUACUUUGUGACGGAUGGAGGGACAGUGUGGACCGAGCUCGCAGAGGACGCAGACAUCAGUGGCGGCAUUCGCAGUGAGGACGGGGGUCUUCCAGCUCAGCCUGCUGUCAUCAAGGAGUACGGACGCUUUGCCUACCUUGAAGGUCAGGAGUACAGAAUGUACAAUACAUAUGAUGUGCACUUCUAUGCCUCUUUUGCCCUCAUAAUGCUGUGGCCCAAAAUCGCUCUGAGCAUACAAUACGACAUUGCUGGCAGUGUGAUUCAGCAGGACACAACAGAGAGGGUGCAUCUGAUGAGUGGGCAGUGUUCUUAUGUGAAUACCAAAAAUGUGGUGCCUCAUGACAUAGGAGACCCAGAUGAUGAGCCGUGGGAGCGGGUCAAUGCCUACCUUAUUCAUGACACGGCAGACUGGAAGGACCUGAACCUGAAGUUUGUCCUGCAGGUCUACAGGGACUUUCAUCUCACCCAGGACACUCAGUACCUGCAGGACAUGUGGCCCAUCUGUAAGGUGGUGAUGGAGUCAGAGCUCAAGUUUGACCUGGAUGGAGAUGGACUAAUAGAAAACUCUGGAUUUGCUGACCAGACUUAUGAUGGCUGGACAGUGACUGGACCAAGUGCGUACUGUGGCGGGCUGUGGUUGGCGUCCCUGUGUGUGAUGUGUAAGAUGGCCAGACUGUUGGACAAUGAGGAAUCAUACCAAUAUUACAGAGACAUCUUAGACAGAGGCAGUGCUGCGUUCGACAAACUGCUGUGGAACGGAAAGUACUACAACUACGACAGCAGUGGUGGAGACCAUUCAAACAGUGUCAUGUCUGACCAGUGUGCUGGCCACUGGUUCCUAAAAGCAUCCGGGCUGGGAGAGGGAGACUAUCAGGCUUUCCCAAAAGAAAAAAUGCUGACCACACUAAAAUCCAUCUUUGACUUGAAUGUAAUGAGCUUUGCUGGAGGCCAGAUGGGGGCAGUCAACGGCAUGCGUCCUGAAGGAGUCCCCGACCGUUCCAGCAUCCAAUCAGAUGAGGUCUGGACUGGAGUAGUGUAUGGACUGGCAGCCACUAUGAUCCAUGAGGGCAUGUGGGAUGAGGGAAUGCGAACAGCAGAAGGUUGCUACCGGACUGUGUGGGAAAGAUGUGGCAUGGCGUUCCAGACUCCUGAAGCCUACAGUGAGAAGGGCUGCUUUCGCUCACUGGCUUACAUGAGGCCUCUGAGCAUCUGGGCGAUGCAGCUAGCCUUAAAUACCUCACAGACGACUCCGGCCACAUCAGCUGGAGACACAAAUGAGAGCAGAGAUGGCGUUUGAGACAAAACAAACAACAACCAGCGCAACAGCUAUAGUCAACCUUGACUUUUGAGUAAUUUCCAUGAAGUUCCCUGGAAAACCACCUCUAAAGCCACCACCAUUAUAUGCACUCCCCUCCUGCAGUGCUCGGCUUUUACUGAUGAUGGACUGUGAAUUUCCCUCUGGUGUUUUAUUUUUUUGGGUUAAGGUUAAACCUACGAUGGUUUAUUCUAAACAAAGUUAGCAACUACUGUAUGCAGCCAUUGUAUUGGUUAAGUUAGGGGUGGGGUAGAGUUUAGGUGUAGGUGUGCAGUGCAGAGUGUUGGCCAGGCUCUGUCCAAGUAAGGGCCAGUAUGUAUUGCUUCUUAAAAGUAAAGCAAAAUUCUAUUUGUACUCCUGGACAUGCGUACAAAACACUACAUUUAAUGAUUAACAAUCGUAGUACAAACAUAGUGAAGUUUGUUUACUUGCAACAAGUUUAUAUGCUGUUGUCUUGUACCAGCCAUAUGUCAGCAUUGUGGUCUAAAACUAAUGAGUAUAUCUAAAGGUCUGUGUGUAAAUCAAGUUGAUUUACAGUAACAGACACUUGAAAAGAUACAUUUUAUUUUCCUUGAUUGGAUGUUGGAAGUGUUGAAAAUAAAUAAAUAUAUAUAUGUAUAUGUAUAUGUUCUCAAAAAAUAGCAUAUAUAUAUAUAUAUAUAUAUAUAUAUAUAUAUAUAUAUAUAUAUAUAUGUGUGUAUGUAUGUAUGUAUAUGUUCUCAAAAAAUAGCAUUUUGUGCCUUGUUGCAUGUUGGCCCAUAUCUACAGAACUCGAAUGUGGCUGCGACAUUUAAUGUUUUAUAAAGAUCUAAUACUCAUGACAAUCUUGCUGAAUAAGAUGCAACCAACUCCGAUUGUGAUGUGUAAUAUAUUGAAAACAACCACGAUGUAAUGAAAUCAUCUAUAGGAAGUGUGUCAGCCCAAAGUGUUUUACAGUCAACUAUAUUUUAGACAUAAUUUAGCUAAUCUUGGGGGCACAUGUUGUUCUAAUUUUAUGCAUUUCAUUUAUGAUACUAUUGAAAAGGUUUUACAUUGUUCAGAAAAUAAAUCGGUCUAUUCACACUGUUCAUAGCUGCAGCACGUCCUCUCUGUAUUGUCAGAAAAAGUUUUGUAUUGAUUGACAUGUAGGAAAUUGCAUGUCCCUUUACCAUACACAUACUUUCAAGACAACUGCUAUUUCCAGUCUCCCUCUCGAGUAUUAAAAUUCCCCUACUCACUGAUGACAAGCACAGAUGCCGGGUGAAUACACUGAAGUACUUCAUUGAGCCAUUGCUGUACAAAUCAGUCUGUAUGAGAUGCAGAAUAAAUCUAUGAAUAUAAGAAAAUGAGUAAUUGCAUUAAAAGCAAAGAUUCUACAUUGUA